AUGGCGUCGGGUCUCCUCCGCCUUGUGUUAUUUGUAUCUCUGAUUGCUCUGUCUUUGGCCCGUGGUGGAAACGACAUGGUUUUGGACACCGAUUCCACCCCCAAAACUCCCUCCUGUAACAACCCUUACCUAAUGGCAAAGGUUAGGAAUUGGGUUAAUGGCCGUGAAGCCGAAACUUUUGAAGGGGCUGGGGCGAAGUUUGGGGCUUUAUUGCCUUCCGAAAAAGAAAACGCCGACAAAUUGCCUGUUUUAUCUGGCGCUAUUGCCUUGUCUGCCCGUGGCGAUUGUGAGUUCUCCGUUAAGGCAAAAAUUGCACAGUCAGGAGGUGCUAAAGCGCUGGUGGUGAUAAAUGACGACGAAGGUCUUGCCAAGAUGGCUUGUCCUGAGGAUAGCACUUCUUUGAACAUUUCGAUUUUUGUUGUGAUGAUUCCAAAGUCAAAUGGAGAAGCUCUCAAGAAAUCUAUUCAAGAUGGAAAGAAAGUGGAGCUUCUAUUAUAUUCCCCCAAGCGUCCAGUGGUGGACUUCUCAGUUGUGUUCUUGUGGCUAAUGGCUGUGGGAACAAUAAUAGUUGCCUCAUUUUGGUCAAAGAUUACUGCUCCUGAGAAGUCUGAUGAGCGCUAUAAUGAACUGGCAGAAAAGGAAUCUAAUGCUGGAACAGCGAAAGAUGAUUCUGAGGACGAAGUCAUGAAUCUUAGCGUGAAGGGUGCUGUGUGUUUUGUCAUAACAGCAUCCGUUUUUCUGUUGCUACUAUAUUUCUUUAUGUCUACGUGGUUUGUCUGGGUCCUGAUCGUACUUUUCUGCAUUGGCGGUAUUGAGGGAAUGCAUAAUUGUCUAUUAAGCCUGAUUUUGAGAACAUGGAGAAGUGGUGGACGGAAGACAAUAACUUUGCCUCUCCUGGAUGAGGUGUCGAUUCUCUCACUUCUUGUGCUGGCUUUGUGUGUGGGGUUUGCAGUUUUCUGGGUUGUAACACGACGGGCAUCAUAUUCGUGGGUUGGCCAAGAUGUUCUUGGUAUCUGCUUGAUGAUAACAGUCUUGCAAAUUGCUCGAUUACCUAAUAUCAAGGUUGCUACCGUACUACUUUGUUGUGCAUUUGUCUACGACAUCUUUUGGGUAUUCCUGUCACCCUUAAUGUUCAAAGAUAGCGUCAUGGUUGUGGUUGCUAAAGGUGACAGUAGUGGUGAAGGCCUACCAAUGCUCUUGAGAAUCCCUCGCUUUUUUGACCCCUGGGGUGGUCAGAACAUGCUUGGCUUUGGGGACGUUCUGUUUCCGGGUUUGCUUAUUGUAUUUUCUUACAGGUUUGACAAAGAAAAUAAGAAGCGUGGAAUUAGCGGAUAUUUCCUUUGGACUUGGUUUUACGUACCUGGGUUUAUAUCUCAUGAACGGGAAUGGUCAGCCUGCUCUCCUAUAUCUUGUUCCAUGUACACUAGGUGUUACGGUGUUUUGGGACUGAUAAGGCGUGAGCUAAAACAACUUUGGGAUUAUGGAACGGAGCCAGAGGUAUCGCGAAAUACCGUUGAGCCUGCUGUAGAAGGCACUAGAUCAGUCUGA